AUGAUCUCUAUCGAGUCUAAAUAUUUUCACCUGAAUCGGAUUCUCUUACUCGCUCUUGGUUUAUGGCCUUAUUAUCAAUCAAAUCUCGUUCGAAUUCAGACAAUCUUGUACUUUGGAAUUCUAAUAAGUUAUAUUAUUUUCCAGCUUGCAACAUUUUUGACUGCAGAAUGCACUCCUGAACUUAUAAUAAAAGUUCUUUCUACUGUAAUAUUUUGUAUUACGUACAUCAUAAAUUAUAACGCAUUUUGGAUAAAUAUCGAUAAUGUAAAAUGUUUAAUGGAACGACUGCAGCAAAUAUGUAACGAGUUAAAAGACGAAAAUGAAGUCAAUAUCAUGAAAGAGUACGGAAACAAUGUAAAACGUUAUACAACUGUAUUCAUAUGUAAGACAACAUAA